UGCCGAUCAGGAUUGUAGUUAAAUCGGUGAUUUUCUUUUCGGGAAAAUAACUAAUUCCUUUCAUCUCGCAGCAUGGCAUUCAGAACGAUAACGCUUGCCAUCCUUCUGGCUUCGGCAGUCUUGGCAGCACCUCAGCGUGGAUCGGCACGAUUCGGAGGAGGACGCAGCAGUGCCGAUCAAUCGGCCAUCGUCUUGGUGAACGAUUUCGACCUUCAACCACAAGGAUCCUACGUUUACAAAUAUGAAACGAGCAACGGAAUCAGCGCGUCUCAAACGGGAAGUGAACAAGGCCUCUACGCCAACGGAUACUACUCAUAUCUGGAUGAAGACGGCAACAGGAUUGAGGUGACAUAUCUGGCCGAUGAGUUUGGAUUCCAGCCUCAGGGAGCUCAUCUGCCGAGAGAGCCACCGGUACCGGAUCAUGUGCUAAAGUCACUGGAAGAAAUCCGUGCUGCGGCUACUCCCGAUUCGGGACUGGACAUUGCGACCCUGGACGCUACCAUCAGCAGGUUGAGGGCUACCCUGGGUUAGAAAUGUACGCUUAACAAAUUCUCUACCGGUUAAUAGCAUUAAAAAAGGCGUUGUGAUCUAUAAUAGAAAUCGUUGUAGAAAUAACCAAGAUAAGACUAUUUAAUUUACUAAUCGUAGAUAAGGAAUCGGAAACACCUCGACCACUUGCUAAGUAUUGGUCCGAAGUCCUGCUUUUGUAUUGUUUUUUUUUUUUAAAUAAAUGAUAUCCCUGUUCGAUGA